AUGCCUCCAGCUGACAAUCCUGUCGCUGAGCAGCACAAUGCACCGUCUUCAGACGCCUCUGAUGCCGAGGCCGCCGGGCAGACGAGACCGCAGACUCGGUCGGCCGAGUCCGGCCUGACGAUGCUGACAGCGAUGCGGCAGCGGCGCUUGUCGGCGCGCAAGAAGACGCUGUGCCCAGCGACAAAAGAGACGUCUGUCUGUCUGCCGGGCGCCGGAGGCCGGAGUUUCGGCCUGCUCAGGGAGGCGGAGGAAACCGAGGCCGGACAGACGCCGGACGAGGGCGAUUCCGCCGCCGACGGGAGCCUGAAGUACACUGCCCCGCAGCCGGACAUCAGAAUCAGCUUGUCGGACGGAGCAGGUCUCGUCAGCCUCGUCUCCAGCGGCUCGGCGUGGAUACCGCAAGACGAGAUGCUCAGCCCCGGACCGAACAGGUCCCGGCAGCAUGGGGAGAAGCGAAGCCGGAGAACCGAGAUUCAUUCGCCCAGCUUGAAGCUGGAAGAGCCUGUCGGCACGGAGACCUGCACUCCGGACACGACCCCCAACCGCGUAGAUGCCUUUCCACACCGUCUCUUGGCCCCCCGCGCCCUGUCCACAGAGGCCCGGCCGGCGUCCAGCCAUACCUCCGCUCCGGCCGGCCUCCUGGCGCCCAUGAACUACAAUUCACUGUCCAACUUUUGUGAUUCCAUGCUGGCCACCGAACUGCCGCCAACCUGCAGGCCAGCCUCGCCGCGUCUCUGCGAUCCCGACGAGGCGUCAAAGUUGUCCAGAUCGGCCUCCUCUUCAGCCUCCUCUUCUUCCUCCUGCCUCAGCGCCAAGCUGAUGAAGGACCCUAACAAGCCCUGUCCAUCAGUCCCGACCGCCAGGUCCGGAGGACGCGCCAACAAGAGCAAAACACGGCUCGACGCCGACGAGGGCUUGCAGCUGCCAGCAACACAGUUAGGCCCAUGUGUACAGCCGACAAGCCAGACAGCCAACGUGUGUGUCGGUGCCAGGCCUACAGACGAAAAACACAAACUGCAGCACACAUGGUUGUAG